AUGUCAAGUAUAGCUACCAGACGUGUUCAGAAAGAGUUACUUGAAUUUCAGAAAGGCACUGAUGUGAGUGACGCAUGAUUUUUGAUGUACAAUUAGGCUUUCGAAAAUCCAAUUGAAAUUCGGCCCAUCUCUGAUAAUAUAAUGAAACUCGAAGGCACAAUUUCCGGACCUCCCGAUACGCCUUACGAAGGCGCACGUUAUACUCUCGAGAUUCUUAUUCCGGACAAUUACCCCUUUGCCCCACCAAAGGUACGUUUUUAUGGUCUCAUCAUUCUGUAGGUAAAAUUCUUGACAAAAAUCUGGCAUCCCAACAUCAGCAGCGCAACCGGUGUUAUCUGCUUGGACAUCCUGAAGGAUCAAUGGUACGCAUUACUUAGUUCUAUGGUCUGUUUGUCACUUUUCUGUCCCCGCUGUGUGUCACGACGAGUUUAGCUUUUGUCAUCCCUGUUGUCGACAGCAGGGAUCUUCAGUUGUUUCAAUUUAAUUGGUACUUUUAUCCAUACAGGCAUCCCCUCAAAAUUUGAGAGCCACAGAAGUCUCAGCCUCGUUUCAGUUUUUCCUGUACUUUCUACUUCUCUAGCGCCUCAGAUUAGGUCUCUCCUUUAUCAAUUUUUGUUGGCGACGUCGCUAACGGUAAAAAAAACUUGUCUCAGUGGCGAAGGCUGUCAGACCUUACCUUUCUUCCAAGUUUCUUGUGCUUGGUGACUGAUUUUUCAGAUUGCCACUCCGACCUUUCCAUUCUUCGCGAUAAAGCGUUUUAACCUUUGUAAGUGCAUAAGUAAGGUAACCCAGAACGACUACUUUUGAUUUGUAUGCGUUCACGCACCUCGAUCGCUGGCUAAGACUAUCUAAGAUUCCAAGGCCAGUCAGCCGCUUCCAGACAAAUAAGACAUCAGACAGAGUCACGGGUGUAUGCUCUUACAGUUGUGGGUGGGAAUUCCCAUUGAUAUCAUUUCGGUUUCGUCGGUACACCCUGUCCUUUAGGCCAUAUCAGCAAACUUGUCCUCAUUGUCGUAGUGUCAUAACCACCUAUUAAUGGGUAUUUUUUUCAAACUUGCAUUAUUCACCGUUUUCGUUUGUGGAAAACUCGGUGAGGUACGAACCCACGACAACAAGUGUGGGACUUGAGUACAGCCAACGCUCUAACCACCUGAGCAACGAGCCCCCAGCAGAGAGCCGCGAGUUAAAUCAAACUUGAGUCAAGUUGCCCGCUCAACCUACUGCAACGCAUGACACAAUAAGCCGACUGCCCAAGCAGCGUUUCCUAAGCAAUCAAUUCGGAUGUCUGCUAGGCUCAUCCAACCAAAAGAUGCUUUCUGGCACAUGUGAAUAAUCCAUAUGAUGCACUUGUGAAAAACUCGACGGCUCUUGGGGUCCGAACCCACGACAGCAUGCGCAAAGUAUACGCACACCCGACCCACCUGCUUGGGUAGUCAGCUUACUGCAUCAGAGUUAGUGGAUUCCAUACGUUACAGUAGGUUGGGCGGGUAAUUUGGUUUAGAUUUCGGCACUUCGUCGGGUCAUCGUAGUUAGGACGUCGGUUUUACUCAAGCCUUGCACUUGAUGUAGUGGGUUUGAACCAUACCGAAGCUGCCGAAUUUUUAGCAAUUGGGACGGAUGAGAAUUAUGUUGCAUCUGCAUGUCGCACUUUACCAGGUUACAGCAACACUGACGCACCUCUUCUACCUUUUUCAUUUGAAAAAGACUCCUUCUAAGCCACAUCGUUUUACCACGUUCAUAAUACUUUCUAGGAUGGAGGUCUAAAACACCCAAGCUAUACUCUUACCGUCCCCAUUGACUGACAUGGUUUGUUAAAAGGCCUUAGUGCCAUGCUUUAAAGAAGUGUUAAUCGGCCACGUAGACACCACUGAUGUUGCAUACUUUCCGGAGGGCCGACAAAGACGAUCAACUGUCUAAGUCUGAACGACGGUUUUUUCCAUGUUUGUUCUUGCCAAAUUGCGACUGUUUACUUCAAUAAGUUCGUUCCAAUUUAAAAGCCGUUAGGGCAGGUGGUCAGCGGGUUCGGCAAUCAUAUUUAUAUUUGUGUCGGCUUUCUACAUGUCAGGGUUUAACUCUCCUAACGGACCAUGCUCUGGAUGCGCUAAAUCAAAACAGAGUCGAACCUAAGGCACAGCACGCGUUAGCCAUACGGAGCAGUCUUCACAUCCCCACGACACGUUGCACAUGCAUUGGAACGUGGUGGCACGCCUGGGCGCGGUCUCCACGCCGCACCAGCCACUUGAACCAACCCCAGCAUCAGAUGACUGACGGGCUCGGGCAGUGGACCAGUGCAUGAGAGCGGGAAGAGAAGGCGAGGUGGAAAUUGCGAAAUCCAUUCUCACUGUAUUUCAGUGUAUUCCUCAUCAUGAAAAAUUGACACGCUUGAGCCGUUUACACUGCGCUAGUCGCCGUGGCGUGCAAGGCUGCCCACUGACGGUGUAACUCGGCCCUCUCAAGAUGGAGAGUCAGGCUCAAUGGCUCCUUAGUGUUUCCUCUUUGGCACUCCCACUAAGCCGGGUUCCGGACCGCCCUCUUUUCUGCGAAAAGCGGGUUCAUUGUGUGAAGACCAGGUCGCAUGUGGCACGCAUAAAUGGGUUGUUUGGAUUUUUCAGCAACUGCGCCCGGUCUCGCCUCCGGUCAUCCUGACUGUGCCCUGCCACCGGGCCCAGGUGGAGUGCGACAAACGCUGCGUGAAUUUGCUAUCACAGAGUUAAUUCAUGCACAAGUCACCGUCUCCGCGCCUACCAUUCUGUGAGACAAACAGUGGAUAUCGUCGUACGCGACGGUCGAACUAUCGUCGCCAGGGAACUGGGAUCGGGAUCACUGAAUCUAAGGUCGGGUAGCAAUUCAACUCAUAAAAGUGUCAGCAAUGAUGUCUUCUACGCUGAUACCGCGAUAGCACUCAUGUCGACUCACUUCCUAGGCGAAUUUAGCAAGUCAGCGUAGUGUGCUGCGUAGCCUUCUGCAUUUUGCGGCCUAAUGACACGGUGCCCGAUUGUGGAUUGCAUGCACCGUUACGUUAUAUUAUGAUUCAAAUCUGACAUUAUUUCCUCCAAUGCGGAUUGUGGGUUUUUAAAUCCCAGUAAACGCAUCCUAUGCAAUAAACUUUGAGCUAAAAAAAACUGUUGCUUAAAUUUCUGUCAUCCGGCUUCUUCCUUCUCUCGUACCGGCCAUUUCUUAUCAUAGUUGCCAGCCCAGUUGUUCUCCAAAGCAUUUUGUCUGGCCUCAGUACUUUCCGUUUGGGAGACCAGAAUGGCAAUUUGUGACUUGACUACCGUUAACAAGCACUCGGGACCCUCCGCCCCCCCACGUGACUUCUGUUUCCACUGUGCUCACACCACACAGCUUAUUCUAAUGGUUUUCGCGUACGGCCGCAUGCCCUUGUUUAAGGGAAACGACGGUGUUUCAUGCUCCUCCGAAAACUGAAAGUGCCCCUUGAUCAGUGCAAACUUCGAGUGAUUUCUACUAACACUGUUCAAUGAUAUGUGUUAAGCUUACUACUCACAUCAAUUAUGAUUAUAUACUCUAAGGAAUGCGUAGUCCACGACGUAUAUUUUACAGGAUUACUAUGCAGCUGUUUUUGCUGUUUUGCAUACGCCUCAUUCGGCCUUUUGUCAUUCAACUGACCAGGUUAUAUCACUCAUGCUGUAUCUCUGAGACCAUCACAACUUACGGAGACUCGGUUGCACGCUUCUUUACUGCUGACCGAUCAUUGUGGCAAGUCGACGUCAAUGGCGAUGGGGACUGUCAUGCCUACCUUGUUACUAAGUGGAGAUGAGCAAACGGCGUGUCCAAACACUCGGUUGUUGGCGAUCUUCGGGCUUGCCACAGUUCAAAGCCGCUAACGAUAGUUGCUUGCAGACUGAGGAUAAAUGUCUUUGGACAUCUAACAUUCUACAAGCGCCGGUUACUUUGCGUGAACCUGAAAAUGUACCCCUUAGGACCGAAGAAGUUAAAAAAUCAUCCUCGUCUGUCGGAGUAUAAGUAGCACUGCAAGAGCAAAUCAGUUUAUCCUUUUGUGUAGUAGUAAGACACGUCAACGCGCAUUUUAGACGGCCUUUUCUGCAGAUUUUCAACCCCUGGCUUCACUGACCGUAUGACGAACACAGUCACUUAUGAACCGUCUAACGUCACGAAUGUCUACUAAAGUUGGUGUAGAUCAGCGGAGAGGGGAAGUGCCAUUCAAUUAAGGGGUUUACUUUUUGAUCGGAAUAGUGCAGAUCUGUCAAACCGGAUAAGGAAUAGAGACCAUCCGCCACGGCGGCUCGAGCGAACCUUCUCAAACGCAUUAAGCGUUGUUGAUGCUCUUGCCUCAUCUUGCAUCUUCGUCUUUCCUGAUUUCUAUCACUAGCUCUAAGCAUGAUGCUGACACAUUUGCACGGUCAGGGGUCGUUUGCCACAAAUCGAAAUUCCUCCGAUACCCUACUGAAUGAUUAAUCAGAAAGUAGAAGGGACCGGUCGUUUGCUUCCGGCGACAGCCUUUGUCCCGCCUAUAAAAGCCAAUUAAGUUCAUGCGGUGGGCGUUUGUGGAUGUCAGCAAUUAAAGUUUUCUCUUCGGUCCCCUGCCUUCAAAACUGCCAUCUCCUAAUUUUCAAAGAAGCCUGUCAAGAGUCCAGGGGGUGACCUUAAUCACAGCCUCGAUCGACUAUUCCUUUUGCUGUCUAGCUUGCGUCUUGCUGACUUACCGUUUAGUCACAGCGAAGCAGUUUCGCGAAAGACUUAACAAAAUACAUUAAAUUUUCAUUUCAUUUGCCUUAAACAGGGCCGCCGCUAUGUCGCUGCGCACGAUGCUGCUCUCCAUUCAGGCCCUCCUCGCUAGCCCGGAGCCGGAUGAUCCGCAGGACGCAGUGGUGGCCAGUCAAUUCAAAAGCAACCGCGCCAUUUUCAACCUAACCGCCCGUCAUUGGGCCUCCGUGUAUGCAAACGGCCCAUCCAAGCAAAAGGAUUGUGAAGAAAAGGUGGAGAAGUUGAUUCAACUAGGUUUCUCUGAGGUGAGUUCUCUGGUCUGGUUUCCGAGUCCUCAUUGCCGGUUUCAGUGCAAUUUCCAGUCACUGCCGCUCCGAUUUAUCCAUUUUGGAUUCGCACACCAUGACAGGUCGACUCGGUGGUCUUUUAACUUGGUUAAUCGUCGAAACGCAUAAAGCGCCAAGUCUGUGCUCCUCAAAUGUACUGUCAAGUAGGAAAGAUCGCGCACGUGGGUCGCCAAUAGCGAAGGAACUUUAAUUUCAAACUAAUCACGAGUUUCAACGAUAAUUACUCCAAAGCGCAGACAAGAUACCAUCGUGAGAAAUCCUAUAACUAGAAAGGUAACAAAUUAGAUAUUAAUUUCUGGUUUAACACGUCAGAUAGCUUGGCAGGAAUGAGAUGACAGAUUCUCGAUACGUUGACGUUUGACGAAAAUGUGACGAAAAUCGCGUUGGACCGCUAGACAUAAAUGAGGCAGACGAUGCAAAUACCGCAAAAUUUCCUCAGUGAAGCGCUUCGCCACCGUGAACAGCCGUCAAGCCAUGCUGUUAACUAAAGGAAAUUAAGCGUCUACGGCUGCAGAAAGACUGCGGACAGCGCAUCUUACGAUCUUUUUAUUAUUCUUUAGUAUAAGAAGACAGUUGUAGGCGUCAACAGAUCGUCAAAAUGAUGGCUGGGGAGUAGAGACGGGAAGUGGACGUCGAAUAUAACGUACCAGUUUGUGAAUUUUGCUUUACGGGGAUUCAGUGUAAAGAAAAGAACUACUUGAGCGUAAAAGACAGACAUGUCAGGGUAGAAAUUGGUUGACAUUUAAUUGGGAAGAAUACCAGGAAGCAGGGAGUUGAGAGCUGGUCGCAGCCUGUUACCACGCUAGAUAGCUUUUCAGUCAUUUCGCGUAACCCCUUUGCCUGAGGCUCAUACUGUCCAGUCGUCUGAAACCAGAUUAAGACGUGUCUUACCGAACAACAGUGGGGUGGGACGGUCUAUUUGUGGAAUUAUUUUCGCCUAUGCCUGGGUCCGAUGUUGGGCGCCACCAUCCAUCCUCCCAGUGACGGCUAUAGGUUCUGGAAGUAUCCCGAUCGGCAAAAUAUUGGACAACAAACAGCGAUCGCAAUGUCAUAAUACCGUUUGAACUGGCGACCCUUUUACAGGUGGCCGAUUUUCCGAAUCGGCGCCUAGCUACGCCCGGAUGAUAUAACCGCUCUAUUGUCCACGACUACCUACCAGCCAGACUCGAGGACCGGCUUAAUUCACAUCAAAUGGCGGUUCUGCUGUUGGCCACCCGGGGAUGCGCGGGCAGCCUCCAGUUAGGCUAGCAAGUAUGCACUAACGCCGUAACAUGACACUCACCCGAGGAACCAACGCCGACACGAUACUGCGUUAUCAAAAGGACUCCAGGGGGGGGGGCGUAUUAGGAGUUUGGUUCGGUAGGCCUCUCUUCUAGCAGCUCUCAUUUUCUAACUCGGACUGUCGCAGGGGCGUGAGCACGUAUGGGUGACCGCUUUCUUUGUGAGUAACCAUGAAAACAUCGCAGUUAGGAGUUCCCGAGAGCUGGACACACAUGUUAACAUACUCAUGAGGCCGCUUCUUGAAUUCGGGACUGUAUAAAAGAUGAACUUUAGCGAGCACUGUUAUCUUUCUGUGUAUUUUUGAACCAAAUAUUCUUCAUCAGGGAUUUCUUUUCUUAUGUCGGAAGUGCGUUCGCCGAUCGGGUUACGGGACUUGAUCUUUCACUUGUGCUUUGAAGCUCCGUUUGGAGCCCCGCACAGUUACUAGUACUAUAGACAGAAGAUCACAGAAGAAGACAAGAGGGAUUGGGAUGGCCAUUUCUGGCUUGUUAGCCAUCGUCAGCCAGCUUUACUCAAUCCCAGGUUUGAGGACACUUGAGAGUCUUACCCGCGUUCUUUUGAUUACAAACACUAAAGUCUAACGCCCCAACCAUUGUGUCAGGGGCUCGUUUUCCCGUCGGUUGCGAUCGGGUAUAUUAACUACGUCGGAAAUGCGUUCGCCGGUCGGGCUACGGUACCUGCUAGUCCUGCCCUGCACGGCAAAUAAGCCAAAAAUUGACAGUGUCAACUACCCCUGCCUUUGUCGGUGAUCUGCUUUUACUCUCCUAUCCCAUCAUCUCAUCACCCUCUAAGCAUUCUGUGCCCAGCCGUACUGUAGUGCAUGCGCUCUUUGGAGCCCCAGUACAUUUAGUAAUGGCACAAAAACGCCAUCGGCCUGGAAAAUGUGCGUGUUCAUCGUUCUACGUGACCCCUUUACCUGCUUACCACAAGGAGUCUUGCCUGUGUAGGUUCAGGCCAAAGCUCUGCCCCUUGACCCUUAUCGAAAUUCUGCUAGUGCAUGCAUAGGGGUUAUUUUGUGCGUUCUGUCGUGUGUCCUUAGCAUCGCUACAAACAUCUGUUGAUCUAGUACCCAAGCGACGGCCAUACGGCUAUUCAAUUAGUAGACACGGUGUGGCUAUAGUCCUCUCGCGUUACUGGCUUGGGAACCAGUCAAUGACGGGAUGGCCUACGUGCGACUGAAGGGUCACUUCACGAACAUCUCCAUCGUCUCUGUGUACACACCAACUUCAGCUGUCGAACAGCGCGAUAACGAGACGUUUUACUCGCAGUUGCAAGCGUUAGUGGAAAGACUCCCUCGCUGCGAUCUGCUGAUUGUUGCCGGGGAUUGAAAUGAUCGGACUGGACCUGGCGACUCAACAAACAGUCAUCUUCUUGGCCGCUUCGGGCUUGACUCCCGGUGUGGCAGUGGCGAGAGAUCACUGAACUUUGCUGAUCAGAACCGACUGCUUCUCACCAACAUGUGUUUCAAGCUUCGCAAAAAACAUUUAAUGACCUGUUAUUCAAACGACUGUCAUACGGCUAGUCAUAUUGACUACAUGCUAGUCAGCUCAAGAUUCCACAGCUGGGUUCGCGAUAGCAGAUCAAUGCGUGGUGCCAAAACUGGAAAACACCCGUGAGUUGGACCAUGUUCUCGUUCGCACGCGCGUGGAAGUUCUUCUCUCGCUUGCAUCCAAAAUGCCACAUGCAAGACCCCUUUAUGUCUCAAAACUUCAACAACUGGGCACCCCCGAUGCCCUGAGCACAAAAAUCCGGUCUCGUUUUACGACCCGAGUCGAUGGAGAGGACGGUGGCCAGUAGUCAUAAUUGAAAUCAGCAGUCUGUGGGAACAGCUGAUAAAAUUCGCGGAUUCACCCAGCGGCGCCACAGUGACUCGAUCAACAGAAGAACCCGACAGUUUUCUUCCCGUAGGGUUUGAUCCAGGUCCCGCAACAAUGUUUCCUUCGACCAACUCCGGAAAAUUACGACAAACUCAGCUGGGGGUGAUUGGCAAAUGUAUUGGGCUGAAGCAGUGAUCUCCAGGGGGAACGGGCCUCGAACGUUGGGAACACCCGAAAACUACGAAAUUAUUCGCCAGACUAGUAUUAAGUCUUCAACACUAAGUGACUCUGUCCGCGAUGUGAAUGACGGCUUCAUUGCCGACAACUCGGCCGGGGUCGAUCGUUGGCGUGAGGGCGUCGAACACCCCAACUUCUACAAUCAACUCAUCACACUGGCUCUCUCCCUUUCCAGUCCCCCCUUCGGAGGGGCGAGGUCGCCGAUGCAGUACAGACACCGCGCGAUAGCCCAGCGACACUGCUGCCCUGGCUACAUGGGGUGAUCAAGCAAACGUGAAAAGGUAGUUCUUACUGACUGGAACUCGGGCAUCCUUGUGCCUGUCUCCAUGGAUGGAGACAAGACAAAGUACGAGAAUUACAGUGGCCUGAGCUUUAUCCAUGUUGUUGCGAAGGCUUUUGCUGUUGUCCUCGGGCUAUUUCAAACUGUGCAUGACUCUAGGACGAGGCCCACCCAAGCCGGAUUCCGAGCUGGACGUGGAUGUACGAACCAGAUGUACAGUAAGACAAAUUCUUGAACUCCGCCGUGGCUACCGGUAAGUGACGGCCGUCUGUUGUGUUGACUUCGCCGCUGCGUUCGAUUCCAUCCAUCGUGGCUCCCCUGUGGCGGAUAAUGGGGCUAGAUAGUGUGACCAUGAUCAAGGCUUACUAUCAUUUCAGCAAUAAUCUGCGUCAGCCGUUCGAUAUCCGAUCCGGCGUUCAAAAAGGUUGUAUCCUGUUGUUCAUUCUGUUCAACUGAGGAAGUAAUAACUGAAGAUCUGGUGGCGACCGCACUUUCAUUCUCCGUACACUAGCCCCAAACACAGAGGACCUGGUUAUCCAGACGGCCGCUUGGGCGGACUAAAUGGGAGCAGAGACUUGAUUGGUUCAACACGAGAGUUCGACUGUCGGUUUCGACGAUGUCCACCGUGUGCUCCACAGAUAGGCAAAGCAGGGACGGUGACCUCUAUCCUGGACAGGCUUUGCCAGCCAAGGCCAGAUUCAGCCAGUCUGGGACCGCGCAUAAACACACAUUCAAUUCGGUCGGUUGCAUUUUCGACAGACUUAAUGCUCAAAGUGGUGAAUUCGAAUAAUGGAUUAUGAAAAGCCACAGAUCUAAAAGUGGUAGUAGAUGGCGGGUUUCUUCUGAAUAUCAACAAUUUCGUGCUUCUGUUUACAGAGGCUGCAGUGGUGACAGCCCAGGAAAAGGAGACAAAUGUGCUAGAUGUCGGUUGCAUGCACGACUGGCCGUUAGUAUUCCCAUCUUAUUUCAUAUCGUUGACUAAGGCUAUCUACACGGGACAACGUUCCCCUAUUUGCCAGUAUUACGGAGUCCUCCGAGUGUUCACUCCCGUUUGUGGAGCAAAUUUUAGAACCUCGCCCACUAUUUCUGCAGUCCAUUUCCUUAGGGCUCUUCGAGCAGGGUAGGCUGCAGCGAUGCUCUUGUGCCUCGUGAAUUAAUCAGUUUAAUCAGCGGACGAAGCAAGCACACUGAGGCCUUCUGUUGCCUAGGUGCGCCGAGACCGUUUUUCUCGACUUUGGCAAUUCUGUUUACGAGGUUUGGAAUUUGUAAGAGUGCAAACUGACUCGCAUCGCCCACUUGUGGCUGUACUUUUGCAAAAAUCUUAAUCCGCUGACACGCCCAGGGACGGCCUUUGUGUCUUGUUUGUCUCACUCGCACAAAGUCUGAAUCAGGACUUGCGUUUCGCGGUCUUUUCUCUGAAGUGGGACGUUUUUUGAUUUUCGUCGUCUCUCCCGAUCACCGUUUACAUAUCCCUCUUACUGUGGAGAGGGGAGACGGUGAAGGCGAUGUUUGUCUGCUUUUACUGGCAUCUUUUGUGGCGUCAAUCCUGUUCUUCUGUUUGUCGGUUGCUCUCCCAUGCCUUCUGCCCUCAAUGCAGUUUUUGCUUUUUUCGUUGUUUGGAACUAAUUAAACUGUAUUGUCCCCGGUAGCACAGGGGCUAAAUCCCAGGACGAGUGACAUGCUCACGCAUGUGAAAUCCGAGCCGCUUUUAUUUUAGUCUGAUACAGCUGGACUGCGGACUAAAUAAUGUACUUACUGGUACUUGGUACGACUGCGAUCAUGUCUGGUCUACCCUUUCUCGAUGAUGUCAUAGACUGCACUUUUCCACGCGUGACGAUCCGCGGCAGCGGAUCUGGACAGCUGAACCCAUUCUCUUCACCGACGAAGAUACCGAGGGCCCGAGAACCACUUCCAUGUAGUGACGCACCGUAUCGAGCUGGACCUUGAGCUGACCCCCUCUUCAACGCCUCAAAGUGGGUACCGGUGCCGGAUCAAGGGCAGCAACACUCAACUCGUGAGGUGGCCGACAAAGAACGUGUCCAAACCACCGCAAUCAUGUUUUUGAAUGGCUUAAGGUAUCCCUACGAUGUCUGAGCGAGUGCGGACUGUCUCAUUUGAGAUGAAGUCGGAGGAUGGUCCUCCAGCAGUUGUGGUCAGAUACUUCCAGCUUUCGUUCAUCUUCCACGUGCAUAGCCCAGCAUUCACAGCUGUACAGAAGGACUGACCGGACGAUGGCGCGCUACACGCGAAUCUUUGCGACAAUGGACACGUCACGUCAGGUCCAUAGGCACGUUUGAAGGUUUGAGAAAACCCGGCGAGCAGCAUCGAUUCAGGAGACAAUGUCGUCCUUACUCUGUCCAUUCGGCAGUAGCCUCGUCCCGAGGUAUUUAAGACUGUCUACAUCUUCAACUUGGCAACCAUUUAUGUCAAGAGUUGCAUUCUCCUGGCCAAGGAUGCAGUCUGAGGACACUUCGUUCUUCUCAGCGUUUAUGGAUAAACCGACGGAUUUAGCGACAUCGUUCACCCGUGACACCAUGAACUGCAGAUCACCAACGCUUAAAGCUCGUAAAUCCACAGCAUCACCAGCGUAGUCGAAAUCAGUCAGUCAGUGGCUCGGCGCAAACUGAACACCGUAAACUUCGCGUAUGGCGUUCCCGAGAAUCCAGAGUGUGGGCCACGUGUAGACUGGCCAUCUAGCUUCUUAGUCACCGCGUCCGCCCCCCCCCCCCUCUCCCCGGUCAGGGGGAUGAGGAAGGAGAGAAUGCGGUAGAUGCUACACAAAUAGCAAGUCACAGGUGCUUCGCCCACGUCGUGGGGACACGCGGUGGGCGUCUUCGCUCGCGACGGUCCAACUGUCGUUGGGAGAAGAGAGCGUCUUAGUCGCCAAGACAACCACUUCACCAGGCGGCCGGGGCAAAUUACCUUUUCAGAGAUCUUUUUCAGCAUUCACAUAAGCAUGAAAUGCCAUGGGAAAAAAGGACAUUGUAAGAUCUUAUUUUGCAGCUGCACCUGUCAGGAUUAGGGGUUAGAGCUAGAGGUUAGGGAUUAGCGUUAGCUUGUCUACUGUAGGUGCGGCUACGACAUAAGAUUCGAUCACGGACAUACUAAAACAGUGCCCGUUUUUCGUGACUAAAGCGAAUCCACUCGACCUGUCCUGGUGCAUGACUCAUCUCAACAUUGCGUCCCAGCUUUCUUCUACCUGAAGCACUUUUGAGGGUUCUCGAGUUCGGACGCAUAGCGCGCCCGCAUAGUUUUUAUUUGCUCUCGAAUUACCCCGUUUCCCCCGCGUGCCUUGUGCGGUGUUACGUGCUGGUGGCCUUCGGAACGUCUCCGCCCAUUUGUCUAAACAGAGAUUGGUAAACGCAAAAUUGUAGUCUAUUAGAAAGCCAUUUCUCCAGGCGGACUUUGCUGUUCUUCAUAAACAGAAAGUUGUCCGGAUCACAGAUACGGCAAUUACAGUGAGUGACCGAUCUCAUGAAAUGUUGGCUGAAAUUCCAAAAUGCGUUCCCUACUUGGAUGAAUUACUUAGGUGGGGUUGUAAUAUUGAUUAUCAUGCGGCAUAAUCCUAUAACAUUUCUGACUCCAGGAUGUCUGCUUUUAAAUGCACCCCGUUUCGACCUGUAGAAACCACACUCGGCAAAAAAUGACUACUUAAGUAGCAUACAUUUUGCACACUGGUUUUCGAUGAUCUUAUAAAUUCAAAUAUAUUUUAUAAAAGACGUGCACAAAAAUAUGCUUUUCUAUACUCGUUCUGUAGUGAAUCACGUUGUGUUAACAUUUCAUACCCGAAGAAAGUGUAUAUUUAGGUUUUGAAAAAGUUCCCCAAUUCCAGAAUAAGUUUAAGCCUGAUCAGCCGUGGCAUUAGCCUUUAGCGAUUUCAGUCUACGAGGUGCAAGCUUUCCGCGUAAGGACAGUCAUAUAUUCCUCUAUGCCUUUAAGAAGAUACCAUAGAGGGCUCAUCAAAUCUAGCAUUGGAUGCGGACAAUGUUGUACAUUUAUUGAGAAACAUUGAUAAACGGACAGGUACGAUGAUGUAUGAAUGAAAACCGUACGGUCUUAAAAAAUCUCAUAUCAGAAACUUUUCAAAACCCAAGUAUACACUUCGGGCAUAAAAUGUGAAGACAGUGUGAUUCUCUACCGAUCGAGUAAAAGAAAUAAUAUUUUUGUGCAUGUUUUUUUUAAUAAAAUUUGAAUUUAUAAGACCGUCGAAAAUCAAUGUGAAAACUGCAUGCUACUUAAGUAUUCAUUUGUUAUCGAGUGCGACUUUGGCAGGAGGUCGGAAAGAAGUGCAUUCAAAAGCAGACAUCCUGGAGAGUCCAACAUAUUAGAGGAUUAUGCCGUAUGAUAGUAUCAUGACCCCCCUUAAGUAAUUCAUCCUAUUCGGAAACGCAUUUCAGAAUUUUGGCCAACAUUUCAUGAGAUCAGUCAUUCAUUGUAUAUUAGCCUGACGUCUUUGAGUCGUAGACGCCAUUUGUCCUCGACUAGUCCAAUCGGAGCUCGCCGCACAGGCCACAGCCAUUGGGUGUGAGCGAUGUUUCCCUUAGUUCUUGUCUUCGAAGAUGGGCGUCUCCAUCCACGUCUACUGCCUAUCAGUUUAAGGUUCCGGGAUGGCCAACAGCAUUCGACAUGCAACGUCUCACAACCGUGCCUGGGCGAUUUUAGCGCUGUAUAGUCCGUGACUACUUAUUGCUCAGACACGAGAGCCCGCUUACUUCUCAUCCCGCCUUCACUGAAGGUCCCUCUAAUGCUCACCGCCUCACGAGCGCUCCAGGUUGCCCACAACGAGCUCUUCUUCCGAGGGUUACAGUUCUUCGGACGUGAGCUGAGUAAUUGCUUUGGAUAAUUUCCUGGUCUGGUUUCUGGGCCCACUCACUCUGGUGCCGCGGCUGUAAGACUGUUCCGCGAGCGUGGCGCGUACACUCCAACUUACCCUGUAGGUGAGGCUGACUGCCUGGUGGUCUCAUCCGUUGAGGCUGCGGACAAAAACGCCUUAGUAUUCAUAGCAUUGUGAAAAAGAGAAGCACUGUCUCCAGUCCCACUCGGGAACCGCAAUUGCUUUCGCGUCCUUUUGAUAUCAUGGCCAGUUCCGGUGAACUAGGCACUAGCCACCUCCACGCCUUCCCAUCUCUGUUUUGGCUGGUUUAUGGACCAUGGUGGCUGAGAACGAUAAGAAUCCCUGAAAGAAGGAUCUACCUGGAGAGCCACCGUUUAACUGGUUUCUUUGGGUGACCGCGUGCUUGUGGUGUCCGCGCCAAGCGCUCUGACUGGUCAGGGCCAAACGAUGUCUCCGACCCUGAGAGCUCAGGCUAAUACCAUUGCCGCACCUGAGCUACUUUCUGUUCGACAACGGCAAUGUCCGCCUGCAUGACUGCCGAAUGGAGAGACCUGACUUAAGGGCCUAUCUAGCCAGUUGAUUGCCUAUAAAAAGUCAUAGAAUAAAGCAGCGUUAUGACCUGUCGAGCGUUGUUUGUCGGCGCAGUCCUGAAACUGCAGGUCUAACAGGGCGCGCCAAACUACACAAGCCUCCUGUCUUCCGUAGGGGUUUCUACUAAAAGCUCCACAACCGAUGAGACAAAUAGAGGGGAAACACGUUGGUAGGAUCCUAGAGGAAACUGAGAGAGAUGCGCAGCCCUAAGACGGAACGGAGCCGCGUUUUGGUGCCCUCCCGCCCAGCCGACGAACUGUUUGCGAAUUAUUCGAUGUCCCGUUUUGUCGGCUCCCAAUGUGGAUCUAGCUUUCCUUGGUUGAUGAUCCUGCCAACGUGAGAUGUGUAAUCAGCCCAUCAUAAAUCAGCUUGGCAGUUCUUAAGGUUUAGGUCCAACCCACCUUUCAUUGUCUUUCAGGAAGUCCUAUCCCGUACGUCUAGGCCGUCUUACACCUGCGCCCUCCCCCCGCCUCCGGUCUUCUUGACUCCGUCUUGACACCGGGUCCAGGUGGGGAGUGGGGAAGAGAGAGUACGGUAGAUUCUGCGCAAGUCACCGCGCCUGCUGAACCUUGUUGUGGAGCACACGGUGGACAUCGUCGGGAUCGACGGUCGAACUGUCACAGGCCAUCUUAACCACAUUUGCCAUUUUUAUUAUGAAUUACUUAACUGGUUAAUUAAUUCGAGUCCCGACAAAUCCCCCCCCCCUUUACCACUCCUGCCGAACUUGAUAGUUCGUUUGUCACUGCCUUGCGGGAGCACCGGCAACUUUAACCGGAACCAAUUUAUAUUGGUUGAACGGUCAUCGAUAAUGCCUGCCUCCAGCUAAUUGUGGCUUUGGUAACGUGUGGAAUUUUUGCGGUUGGUAUGGGGUGGGUUCGAUCAUAGUCGUAAAUGUGAGUGGACGGUCAAUGCAGGCCCAUGUGUUUGUACCGUUACUUUUGUAAGGCAGGAAAAGGUGGACUACGGGUGAUUUAAAUGCAGAGUAUUUAAAAUCACGCGACCCUGAUUGCUAACAGAAAUGCGCGAUAACUCUAGCUGAAAUCACAGAUGUCCGUCUGAGGUAGGGGCUGGAACGUAAGCCAGAAAUGACCACCCCGGUGUCUCUUGUCUCCGUCAAUACUGCCUCCAAGUAAACUCGAUCUCUACAGACCGUCCGAUCACUGACCGUUGGCUCUUGGAAUCCACCCCGGACUGGACCGUGAGUGGGACCGUAAUCUAGCGUGAGAGAGCCAGUUCGUGCAAAUUCUCAUUUGGUUGGCCGAUAAAGACUGCGGAUUUUAUGGCACGCGCAAGACUCGUGUAUACUACGAUUGCAUUUUCAGUGUCAGCACGCGGGAAUUGAACAUUGUUUUGUCUUUUCUGUCUCCUUAGACCGAAGCCCGGGCAGCCCUCUCAAUGAAGAACUGGGACAUACCAAUGGCAGCCGAGCAUCUACUCAAGUGA